AUGAGAGCUAGCGCUAAUGCCUAUACUACCGCACCGUCUAAUCCACCAUCCAUUCAUCAUGAACCAAACUCCAGUGUCUUCAGAAACUCUAUAGAACAUUCACAAAGCCGUACUUCUAGUAACAGCAUAGUUAACACUAUUUCAUCAUUAUCAAAAGAUAGACCUAGUAAUGAGGCAGGACCUAUGGAAUCAUAUGAUGGUCUUAACCUGCAGAACCGUUUGGAAAAUUUUAAACAUUGGAGUGUAACAACAUUCAAAUGUACAAAACAAAUGAUUGAAGAAAAACUUGGAACCGCAAGUGUAACUUGUGAUCAAGAAUUAGAGGAUCGAAUUUCAAUGUUUAGAAAUAUGCAUCAACAGUAUAAAAUAUUGCAUAACCUCGCUGAAAAGUUAGCUAAUAGUUUUCGUGAAACUAUUCAUCAUCAACGUGCAUUUACGAGUCAUAUGACUACUUUAAUUGUACAGCAGCCUGAUUUAAGCAGUGAAUUCACCUAUAAUACAGAAACUCAACGUAUUGUUAUAUCAAAUGGAGAAAAAUUAUUGGCAUCAUUAAACCAUUUUGUUAAUUCUUUGAACACACUGGUUAGUCAUACAUUUGAAGAUACAUGGACCACUGUUUCUAGUAUGCAGUCGGCUCGUAUACAAUAUGAUGCUUAUCGUAACGAAAUGAACCAAACAAAAAGUAAAAAACCUAAUGUUAAUAAUAAUUCUGAUACUGUCACACCUACUACGAUUACAAUGUCAGGGAACUCAUUUGCCACUGACUUGAUUCACGAUAACCAUAAUUUACAAUCACGAUUAGAUGCAGCUUGUGAACGGUAUUCCCAAUUGAGAAAAGCUGUUCUAUGUAAAUUGGAAUUCUUACAAGAAAACAGGUUGCGUGUUAUGCAACACCAACUAGUGCUCUUACAGAAUGCAACAUCAGCAUUCUUCUCUGGAAAUAAUCAACAACUGGAUCAAAUUUUAAACCAGUAUAAAAUCAAAUUGUCAAAUACACAAAAUGGGAUUAGCCAUUAA